AUGUUGCGAGUGUUGAAAUCUUAUUACAAACUUUUAAAAUCUUGUAAUCAUGACUUCUAUUCGCUAACUCGACAAUUAGGUUAUAGCUCAACUCAGAAAAAAUCGGAAAAUGAUGAUCAAAUAAGAAUGUGUAUUGAUAAACCAACAAAAUGGCCGAGUGGAAAGAGGGUCAAUUUUGAUUUCCACGAAGAAACAGAAGCUGCAAUAAAUGAGCAAAUAAAUGUGGAGCUGAUGGCAUUUUAUUAUUAUUUAUCAAUGGCUACAUAUUUCGGUCGCGUAGACAUCGCUUUACCCGGCUGCGAGUCAUUCUUUAUGCAAAUGCAUCAUGAGGAGCAUGAACAUGCCUUGAAAUUUAUUAACUAUGUAAAAAUGCGAGGCGGAAAAGUACAUUUGUGCGCUAUAUCGCCGCCGAAUGAUCAAGAUUGGAAAUGCCCAUUGCAUGCAUUCAAAACGGCAUUGCAGUUGGAAAUCGAAGUUAGUAAAAAACUGGUUGCUGUAAAUGCUAUAACGGAGAAGCACGGUGAUCUCAACGCGAGUGAUUUCAUUGUCACCGGUUUCAUGGAAGAUCAGAUGAAAAGCGUUAACGAAUUUGGAAGAUUAACGACUGUGUUGUCGGGCGUUGGAGAUCAAGCAUUGGCGCGAUUUCUAUUCGAUAAGGAUCUACUUGAAAAUUAUGUCAUGCCCAAUUUCAAUAUUCUAAAAACUAAAUCUCAGCGAAAGCAGUUUGAUAAAUAG